CUCUAUAUAUAUAUAUAUAUAAACACAGGCUUUCCAACUCUGCCACGAAACCAAACCUUGUACAAGACUCCAAAUCAGUUUUAAAACCAAUCUAAAUAUGUUCCAGGAGGCGCCGCCGUGUUGGGUCACUCGGUCGUCGUCUUCGUUGUCGGAGGCGGCGCGGUGGACGCGGGCGGAGGACAAGCUGUUCGAGCAGGCGCUGGUGAGCUUCUCCGAGGGCCUGCCGGAUCGGUGGGAGCGGAUCGCCGAGAUGGUCCCCGGGAAGAGUGUUGAGGAGGUUUUGGAGCACUACGAGACGCUGCUGCAUGAUGUUGUGGAGAUUGACUCGGGACGAGUCGAGCUGCCGAGUUAUGCUGAUGACUCGGCGGCGGCGCAAGCGGGAGGGUGGGACACGGCGAGUCAGAUCUCUUUUGAUGGGUGUAAGGGUGGAAACAACGGUGGUGAGGCGGCGGAGAGGAAGAAGGGGAAACCUUGGACUGAAAUUGAACACAAAUUGUUUCUGGUAGGACUAAAGCAAUUUGGGAAGGGUGAUUGGAGAAGCAUUUCAAGAAAUGUAGUUGUGACAAGAACACCCACACAAGUGGCAAGUCAUGCUCAGAAAUAUUUCCUUCGCCAAAACUCGGGAAAAAAGGAAAGGAAAAGAUCAAGCAUUCAUGACAUAACCUCGGUAGAUACCAACUCGGUGCCUGCGUCUACUGAAUGCAAGUGGAUUCCUCAACCUCCAGCUCCACCUGAUGAUCAUAGUGGUUCAUUUGGGUAUCCAGAUUUCGAUUUUCCAAAAUAAAUAUGGCAUAAUACGUGCUCUGUAUAUAGAAAGUUGCUUGUGUGUUAAACAGUCAGAUCUGUAAAUUGGUACUUUUCUUCUCUGUUUAGAGUUCUCUUCCAGAACAUAGGCCAUUAGGAGCAUUGUGAAUUAGAUUCAAGGGUGUAAGUUUUGUCUUUGAAGUCUUUAAAUGGAGAUUAGGAUCAUAUAUUAAAUUGA